AUGCAGGCCACUGGGAUAAAUCCGCUUCUGGUUCUCGUGCAAAAAGCAUUUCCCGAAGACAAGCAGCUCUAUGAUGCCUAUUACAAGCGGUACAUAGAGGUUCGCAAGCUCAUGGAAGAUGCGAAGCCUCCUCCUCAACAGCUGACGGAGCGGGAAGCGGCGAAUUGGAAGACUUUGGACGAGAUUACGGAGCGCCGAGUAGAGCUGCAAAGGCACGUGAACCGCAAGCUCCUGCACAAGAGGCCCGAAGCAUUGACCGAUGAGGACAAAUUCGUGCUUUUUCGCCACCUCAUACUGUGCCUUUAUAGCUAUCAACCAGCAAUCCGCAAUGACUACAGCGAUUGCCCCAUUGUGCGCUUGAAGGACAUCAAAACGGCCGAUGCACAUGAAAACGAUGAGAAAAGGAGGAAAAAGGAAGAUGACGUACGAACAAGUAAAGCAAAAUUGGACUUGCUCGAUCUCGCUUUGCGCAUCAUGAACCAUUAUUUUGCCGUCGUCCGCUCGACGAAGGCUGUCUACCUGGAGACAAUCUACUCGAGAGACGCAAACGGGCAGCUUGAGCCCGAGGAGACUAUCCACCGGUCCGGCCGGGACUUCUUGGAGAUCUGCAGGAACUUCCAACUCCAGAGUCUAUCUGGAAAGAGCAAGGAGGUUGCGAAGUUUUGGGAAAGCAGCCCAAAACGCCGGGAAUACGAUCAGAUUGUGUUUGAGCCGGACCCAUCAAAGGUGUCCUCACGACAUUUCAACCUAUUCAGCGGGCUGAGAUUCAAACCACUCGACCGCAAGCUAACAGAAUCAGAGCUCGUAGAGUGCGAGGGUCGGAUGCCAAAACUCAUGUGGCACAUUCGUAACAUUCUGUGUGAUCAGUUUCCCGAGCGAUUUGAGUAUAAUAUGAAAUGGAUGGCACACAGCGUUCAGAGGCCUUGGAAGAAGAUUGGAGUGGCCCUCGUGUUCCGCGGUGGGCAAGGGAGUGGAAAGUCUUCAUUGUGGAAGUUUUAUGGAUUGACAAUCCUUGGCGGCAAGUAUUACCUUUACUGCAACGAGAUCGAAAAGGUCAUUGGCAAAUUCAACUCACUAGGAGCCAAUAGGCUACUUAUUGUUUUUGAUGAAGCCGGAAACUGGGGAGGCGCGUUUCGGAUGAAUGACCGGAUAAAGUCCUUAAUCACCCAAGAAGAGACGUGUAUGGAGCGCAAAGGCCAAGACCCUAUCAGCGUGGAUGACAAGAGCAACAUUGUGUUCACCACAAAUAACUUCUGGCCUGUUAAACGAGAGGCAGACGAUCGCCGAUACUCUUGCCAGCAAGUUUCAGAUGCCAAGAUGGGAAACAAGCAACACUUUGAUGAGCUCAUGGACGAGUUGGAGAAACCUGAGACCGCGUAUCACUUCCAUCGAUAUCUAUCGUCUAUUGACAUAACCAAUUGGGAUCCUCAGAAGAUGCCGAUUACAGCUUGGGGGGAAGGCUUGAAGGAACACUCGAUUCCACCUCACGUCAAUAUGAUGCAAGCGCUGCUCGAGAACGGGUGCUUUCACCCUUCUUUAGAAACGUGGGUAGCAUCGACGGACAUCAAGCGGACAUAUGACAUGUUUCUGCUUCAGUUGGACAUCAAAGAGGAUCGCCAUACCGACAUCAACAUCUUGAUACGCUCCCUGAAUGCCAUUUUCAACAUGAGGCAUGCGGCACGUUCCAUUCAAGGGGUACGGACACACAAGGGGUGGUGGUUCCCCACACAGGGCGCUAUCUGCGAGGCUCUCCAUAAAGGCAAGCUUCUGAGCUCUACCAUGGAGUGGGUGGACACCUGGCAACGGCUCGACUAUAUCGAAGAUAAGGAAGGGCCAUGGAUGACGGAUCCCAACGCUCUUGAGAAGCUGAUUGAUGCCUCAAAAGAGUCGCGACAAUCGGUCGCGGAGCAAAAGUGCUCGUUUUGCAUGAACCAUCAUGUGUGGGAGCUCACGGACCCCGAGUGGAAUCGGUCGACGACAAACAACAUGAACUUGGCCAACUGCGGCACCCGGUUUAAGAACCACUCCUGGGCGUUGCAAGCGGCGUCCUCCACAAUCGUGAGCCCCCUUAGCGUCUUGAAUGGAAACCGCGUUAGAAGCACCGUUCCGAGGUCCGGCGAGACGGAUUCGCCCCCCUUGAGCCAGUGGUACCCUAAGGGAGCUCGGUCCUGGCAACAAGCGAUGAACACCCCCGCGCGCCCCUUUGACGAUCGAGGAUUGGGGGCGCUGCAGUGCUGA